AUGGAAGAAACAAAUACAGAUUCAACGGUUUGUGAACCAGUUAUUCUUGGUACUAAUGAACGAGUGAUUCUUAGUACCAAUGAACCCGUUAUUCUUGGUACUAAUGAACGAACGAUUCUUAGUACCAAUGAACCAGUUAUUCUUGGUGCUAAUGAACGAGCAAUUCUUAGUACCAAUGAACCAGUUAUUCGUAGUACUAAUCAACCAGUGAUUCUUGGUACUAAACGAGUUAUUCGAGGUAAUAAUCGAGCAGCCAUUCGUGGUAAUAAUCAAACAAUUAUUCAUGGUAGUAAUGAACCUGCUAUUCUUGAAAAAGGUAUUAAAGGAACAGUUGUUACGGUGAAUCGGAUGAAACAUUAUGCAUUUAUAAAACGGAAAGAUAAAAUUGAAUCUCGAGAUAUAUUUGCUCGAGAAGCAUCAAUCCUUAAUGAAAUUCACCAAAGAAAAUUUUUCGUUGCAGACACCUGCAAGUUCGAUAUUAUGAAAACGCAACGUGGCGUAGAAGCUGUGAAUAUUAAGAUCGAGGAACGUAACAUCAACAGUAUUUCAAAAUUACCGAAAAUACCAAAAAAAAAAGAAAACAAUGAACCACAGACACAAAUUUCAUCGGAACUCUUUAAAUCAACAAUAAGAGCAGAUGCUCAUAAAAUUGAACGACAAAGCGAUGAAAUGAAAAUAGAAGAAAAUAAAAGAAGAGCAGAUGCUCAUAAAAUUGAACGACAAAACGAUGAAUUGAAAAUAGAAGAAAAUAAAAGAAAAGCAGAAGCUCUUAAAAUUGAACGACAAAAUGAUGAAUUUAAAACUCAGGAAAAUGAAAGAAGAUUAAAAUCACUUAAAAUUAAACGUGAAGAGGAAGAAUACAAAGAGGAAGAGAGAAGAAGAAAUGCAUCAAGAAUGCGUAUGAGUCGAGAUAAAUACGAAAAUAAUUUUCAUCUCAUGAAAUUAAAUUAUGAAUCAAAAAUAAAAGAAGGACCUACUCACAUUUGCAGUUGUUGUGGUGGUUUAUGGUUCGAAUAUUCAAUCAGAGAAUUGACAAUUGAGAUGUUAACAAACAAAGGAUUAAAAAAAGAAUUUAUUGAUAAUGUUUGUUAUCUCAAAAAUACAAUCGUUAAAUUAUGUGUCACUUGUAGAAAGGACAUCAUGUUGAAUAAAGUACCCAAUCUUUGUCUAUCUAAUGGUUUAGCAUUCUAUGAAGUACCGGAUUGCUUGAAAAUCUUGACUGAAUUAGAAGAAAGAUUGAUAUCACCAAGAAUUCCUUUUAUGGUGAUUCGAACUUUAGGGUUUUGUAAACAAUUUGGUCUCAAAGGUAAUUUAGUAAAUGUUCCCAUGAAUGUUGACACAAAUGUUUCAAUAUUACCCAGAAGUUUUAGCGAUACUCAUACAAUUCAACUUAAACUCAUGAGACAAAUGAAAAAUAAGAAUGCUUUUAUGUAUGAAACAAUCCGACCGAAAGUUGUACAUACAGCUAUAAAAUACCUUAUUGAACAGGAACUAUAUAAAGAUGAAGGUAUUGUUAUAUCUAAUGAUUGGAUUAAGGAAUAUUCAAAUGAAAGAGAAAAUUUCAUCGUCAAUGACGAAGAUAAAAAACUUAAUGUGAAUGAAAAUAGGGGAGAAGUUUUUGAUGAUGAUGAUGACGACGAUUGGAAUGAACUUGACGACAAGCCAAUAAGUCCAGGAGAUACUGAAACAUUGUUAAAUGAUGAGACUAACAAUCAAAAUGAUAUUGGUAUUAAGUUUGCUCCAGGAGAAAAUAACAGACCGAUAUCUAUUUUAAUGGAUUUGAAAGUUGACGAGUUAACAUUUCCAAAAAUUUAUUGUGGAAAACAACGAAAAAUUAAAGAAAAUGUUAGACUGACUUAUGCUAAAAUUGCUAAGUCAGAAUUAAGAAUGUUUGAUAGAAGAUGUGGUAGAGUAUCGAAACUAUUUUUCACAUAUAAGAAACUACAAACAAGAAAAUUCUCUGAUGCUAUUUCGAUAAAUUUGAGAAAAACAAAAAAUACGAAAAACGUAACUGUUGCACAAAUGCUUAAUCGAGAUUAUGUAAAUGGGCUAAUACAUACUGAUGAUGCUUUUACAUUCUUGAGAUGUGAUCGAUCUUCACCAGCAUUUUGGGAAAUGAAAAAGAAGGAACUUCUAGCAAUGUUCAGACAAUUAGGAUGUCCAACAAUAUUUCUGACAUUGUCAGCGGCAGAAACAAAAUGGUCAGAAAUUAUUGUAAUAUUGACUCAAGUGUUAGAAAAUAAAGUAAUCACAUUGGAAGAAGCAGAAAACUUGAGCUACGAAAAAAAAUGUGAUUUAAUAAGAAAAGAUCCUGUGACAUGUGUUCGUUAUUUUGAACAUAGAUUAAAAUGUUUAUGGGAAAUAUUAUUAGCACCUUGUGGUCCAUUUGAAGGCAAUGGAUUAGAAGAUAAAUACAUCAGAGUUGAAUUCCAAUUUCGUGGCUCACCACAUAUUCAUGUUUUUAUAUGGCUAAAAAAUGCUCCAAAAUAUGACAAGAAUAAUCCUAAGUCCAUUGAGCAAUGUAUAGAGUUUAUUGAUAAACUGAUUUCAGUUAAUGCGAAACCAACUGAAUUUUCUGAAGAACUUAUAAAUGUGCAACGUCAUAAACACUCACAUACUUGUAAAAAACAUGUAAAAAAUGGGAUUAAAUGUCGUUUUGGUAUUCCAUAUUUUCCGAUGAGAAAAACGAUGAUUCUAGAACCAUUUAGUGAUGAUGAAAAGUUUACAAAAAAAGAACGUGAAGAAAUCAGUAAAAAUAGACAGAACGUAAUUGAAGAACUUGGAAAAAUAUCAAAAGAUACAGAUAAUUCAUUAACUUUUGAAGAAUUUUUGGAACAUGUUAAUAUAAAUGAAGAAGAAUAUAUUAAAAUGAUUCGAAGUGAAUUAAAAAAAGCGAAGGUAUUCUUGAAACGUGCUCCAAAUGAAAUCAGAAUCAAUGCAUACAACUCAAUGAUAAUGUCAUUGCACCGAGCAAAUAUGGACAUUCAGUUCAUUCUUGAUCCUUAUUCAUGCUUAAUGUACUGUGUGGAUUACAUCAACAAAUCUGAAAACGGAAUGUCUAAACUUUUAAGAGAAGCAUUGAAUAAGUUAAAAAAAGGCAACAGCACAGUCAAAGAGCGUCUUAUAGUUAUUGCAAAUAAAUUUUUGAAUUCAAGCGAAAUUUCAGCACAAGAAGCUGUUUAUCAUAUUUUAAGUAUUCCACUGUCAAUUAGUAGCAGAAGCACUGUAUUCAUUAAUACAAAUAGAC